AUGAUCAGAGACUGCAGACACACUACAGGAGAUGGUCAGAGACUUCAGACACACUACAGGAGAUGGUCAGAGACUGCAGACACACUACAUGAGAUGGUCAGAGACUUCAGACACACUACAGGAGAUGGUCAGGGAUUGCACACAUACUAAAAGAGAUGGUCAGAGAGUGCAGACAUAAUACAUGAGAUGUUCAGAGAUUGCAGACAUAAUACAGGAGAUGGUCAGAGACUGCAGACAUACUACAGGAGACGGUCAGAGACUGCAAACAUUCUACAGGAGACGGUCAGAGAAUGCAGA